AUGAAGUCCAUGAACAAGAAGGCCACCACAUCCACGAUGAGCUCCUUCGUCAAGAAGUUCGUGCCGCCGGAAGUCUACCCGCUGCUCGUGCCCGUGACGUUCGCCUGCGGCUUCGGCACCUACAUCGGCUACCGCACCCUCGUGGGCGCGCCCGACGUGCACGUCUUCGGCCGCCAGCCGCGCUUCGAGUCCGGCCACCACCGUUCCGACCCUCACUUUGCCGGCAUCCACUCCAAGGCCUCGCGCUUCGACCCCCACCCCGAACUGGGCCAGGCCGAAGCCAACUUCCACUCCUCCUACGCCUCGUCCGACUCCAACAACAGUUACUAG